CGGGUCCCGAGGGUUUGACGGUUAAGUGUUUGAGUUUAAUAAACCGUCUAAUUAAGAGCGCGUCAGGACUCAGGACGGACGGGCGCAGUGUCGUGCGCGCGCGCGCCCCAACACCAUGCUUCUCCUGACCCUGCUGAACGUUCUCGCUAUAGCCACGGCCCGGCCCUUCAACAUAACCCACCUGAUCGUGCCCGAGGUGGUCCCACCUGGCCAGCAGGAGGUCGAGAUAGAAUGCAGAUACGACGCCAACUUCACGCUCCUCAACUGGUUCAAGGGACCCAACGAGUUCUUCAGGUACAAACCCGGUGUUGCACCUAGCACGAGAUCGUUCCCGAUUAUCGGUGUCGGCAGAGUUGAGAUGAUCGCCUGCGGCCCCACCGCCUGCCGCCUCAAGCUGGGCGCUCUCACCGAGGAGGCGACGGGCUUGUACAGAUGCGACAUCGAGAGAGACGUGCCACCGUAUAAGUUCGAAACCAGAACAGCUUACAUGGAAGUUCACGGGCACGAGCACAGACGACCGCUCCUCGAAGGUCUAGCGCAGGAGUUCGGCGAAGGAGACGAGAUGAAGGCGUACUGCCGAGGCGCCCCCGACUCGGAGAUCCGAUGGUAUAUCAACGGACGGGAGAUCGAGGAGACGCGAGGCUCGGCUGCCUUCAAACGAACGAGUUCGCGACUCCUGUUCCUCGGUCUACCUCCCAUGGUCACUGUGCAGUGUGCGGAAUACAAGUUCGGGAAACUCUCCGGCUCGAACCAAAUGAAGGCCGUGUGGAAGGACCUGAAGAAUAACGACGAGAGAGCCCAGGAGCAGAGGAACAAUUCAGCCUCCCGUCUCGUGUUCAGUUUCAUGUUUAUUUGGAUACAAGUUUGUUUAGUUUAUUAAAAAUAAUUUAAUACUACGUUCCUGUUGUGUGAAGUGUGUGGAAAUGUUGGAUGUUGGAUGAUUUUUUUUUA